AUGGACUACGUGCCCGAGUAUCCAGCCGAAUGCAAAGUCAUUGAGACGUACGCCGAUGGCAGGUGGGGAUUGCGGGAGUAUUCGCGGUGGCCGCAAGUCCUAGUUCCUGACAUGAUGCACAUACCCUGCAUCCCUCGACGCCCGGCCAUGCAAAGUCACAAAGUGCUUUGGGACAACCUCUUGCCAACCUCCGCGUGGGAAGAAGAUUCGCUAACUGGUGUCAGGGAUUUGGGAUAUAUCAAGAAGGACAUACGCACCCGGCUGACAACGGCAGCAGAGUGGCAGAUAAGCAAGUUCGAGCUGGUUCUGAGCACCAUGCAAGAUCGUCCGGAGCAGUACUGCGCCCACGCUACCGUACUUGUGACAAUCCUCCGCCAGGCAUUAGAUCGUAUGAACAAGCUGCCUUCGGCCGCACGUACCUCCAUCGCCGUCGCCGCCCACGCCCAACGCAUCUCCCUGGAACUAGCUGGCAUGUGCACAUAUCUCGAAGUCGUACACCGUCGACUGUCUGGCGGUCUCGAUCAUAGCUGGGAAGUUCUGCCUGUCGUGGGGACGUUUGUCCGAGAGGGCACCGGCGCCCAGACUUGCACUAGGAUCGGGUUGCCCACGUGGUUUCUCCAGCCUCUCACACACACGGUCAAGAUAUGGCGCGUCGUGCCGCUCAAAACCUUACCGGCGGAUAUGUCUGGAACCCCAUGCGAGCCGCCUGUCUAUCACGAACCUGGUGUGGUGGCAGGGAUCGCGAACCUUACCGGCAACUGGCAGCGCGUAAUGGUGUUGGCCGUCUCGAAGCUCGUUUGCGGCACGCACGUUCCGGACUUGCAGACGACAGACACACCGGCCGUCAUGUCCAUCGCGGAGCAACGUUCGGAAGGCAAGAGGGCCCGCCUGGACGGCUCCGACGUGCAUUCGAAGCACCUCGAUAUGCGGCCGGCGGUUGGAAGCGGCCAACAAGGCCAGAAGCGUAAGAAGAAUCGUCGGGACCGCAGGCGCCAGGUGGCUGCCGACAGCGGCGCGGCGGCUGACGCGCUCGCAGUGUCUCUUCCUCAGCCAUCCAAGUCCUUUAUCCCGUUGCCCUUCUAUCACGUUCCCGACUCGUGGGCUCGUGCGUUGCAGGACGUGUCGCCUGUUCCUCGUCUUGAGGCGUCUGCACUGUACUUCUUCCCCCCACCCUUCCUUCUCGACACCGUCUCUUCGCAGCUACCCAUGCCAUCGGAAUGUGUCUGCCCUACCGCUGCACGAAACGACGACAAGAUAUUGAGAUACCUGCACAACCACCUCCGCAUUCGACGCUUCUGCC